GGCUGUUGGGGGGCCCGAUAUCCGGUGUUCGCCCGCCCUCGGCUCCGCUGCUGCUGUGUCCGCGAUGCUGUCCCGGUCCCGUUGCGUGUCCCGGGCUUUCAGUCGUUCGCUCUCCGCCUUUCAGAAGGGGAACUGCCCUCUAGGGAGACGUUCCCUGCCUGGGGUCUCAUUAUGUCAGGGACCAGGUUACCCUGACAGCAGGAAGAUUGUCUUUAACAUCAGUAAUGUCUUUAGUGUUCGCUGCUUCAGAACUACGGUCGUGUGCAAGGAUGAGGUGAUUACAGUCAAAACCCCAGCAUUUGCAGAAUCUGUCACAGAGGGGGAUGUCAGGUGGGAGAAAGCUGUUGGAGACUCAGUUGCAGAAGAUGAAGUGGUUUGUGAGAUUGAAACUGACAAGACAUCUGUGCAGGUUCCAUCACCAGCAAAUGGCGUGAUUGAAGCUCUUUUGGUACCUGAUGGGGGAAAAGUAGAAGGAGGCACUCCUCUUUUCACACUCAGGAAAACUGGUGCUGCUCCUGUGAAGGCGAAGCCAGCUGAGGCUCCUGCUGCUGCAGCCCCCAAAGCAGAGCCUGUGGCGCCAGCAGCCCCUCCUCCCCCUGCAGCACCCAUACCCACUCAGAUGCCACCGGUGCCCUCACCAGUGCAGCCUCCUGCUAGCAAACCAGUGUCUGCUGUGAAACCCACUGCUGCUCCCCCUGUGGCUGAGCCAGGAGCUUUCAAAGUUCUGCGUUCAGAGCACCGGGAGAAGAUGAACAGGAUGCGGCAGCGCAUUGCUCAGCGCCUGAAGGAGGCCCAGAAUACGUGCGCGAUGCUGACGACUUUCAAUGAGAUCGACAUGAGUAACAUUCAGGAGAUGAGGGCUCGGCACAAAGAUGCUUUUCUGAAGAAACAUAAUCUCAAGCUAGGCUUCAUGUCGGCAUUUGUGAAGGCCUCGGCCUUUGCCUUGCAGGAGCAGCCUGUUGUAAAUGCAGUGAUCGACGAUGCAACCAAAGAGGUGGUCUAUAGGGAUUAUAUUGACAUCAGUGUCGCGGUGGCCACCCCACGGGGCCUGGUAGUUCCCGUCAUCAGGAACGUGGAAGUUAUGAAUUUUGCAGAUAUUGAGCGAACCAUCAGUGAGCUGGGAGAGAAGGCCCGAAAGAAUGAACUUGCCAUUGAAGAUAUGGAUGGUGGCACUUUUACCAUUAGCAAUGGCGGUGUUUUCGGCUCACUCUUUGGAACACCCAUUAUCAACCCCCCUCAGUCUGCCAUCCUGGGCAUGCACGCCAUCUUUGAUAGGCCAGUGGCUGUGGGAGGCAAGGUGGAGGUGCGACCCAUGAUGUACGUGGCACUGACCUAUGAUCACCGGCUGAUUGAUGGCAGAGAGGCAGUGACUUUCCUCCGCAAAAUCAAGGCAGCGGUAGAGGAUCCCAGAGUCCUCCUACUGGACCUUUAGGAAGAAACCCCACGUGCUCCAGUUCAACCAUGCAGGGACUGAGAAUCGGCCUUCUCCCUGCCCCCUCCCAAGUCCUGGGUUAGCCUGCUGGCAGACAGCACACGCUGUUGGCCUCAAGCAGGGAGCCGGGGCACUAUGUAACCAGCAGUCGCGGGUCUUUUUGGUGUUCCUGCCAGGCUUCCUCCCUCUCUGCACCCACCUCUUAGACCUUAUUCCCUGAGGCUUGAGAGAGAAUCUUGAAGGAUGCUCAUUAGUCCUGCUCUCCUU